AUGUCCGAGCCAUACGAUCCUUAUAUCCCAGCAGCUGGGGGAUCCGGAACCAGCGGUGCACCUGCGGCUGGAGCGGCGGCGGGUGGAAGACAGGGUAAUCCGAAGACUGCGGCGAUUCAGCAGCAGAUCGAUGAUACUGUUGGCAUUAUGCGUGAGAACAUCAACAAAGUAGCCGAACGCGGCGAACGCCUCGACUCCCUCCAAGACAAAACCGACAAUCUUGCCCAAUCCGCCCAAGGCUUCCGUCGUGGUGCGAAUCGCGUCCGGAAACAGAUGUGGUGGAAGGAUAUGAGGAUGAGGAUUUGUUUGAUUGUUGGGGUGAUUAUUUUGUUGGUUGUUAUUAUUGUGCCGGUUGUUACUCAUUUUACUUAGGCGACGGGAGGAGCCUUGAUGAGUGAUGGGAGGAGCGUGGGGC